AUGGCCCUCCGGAUGGCGUUCUUUCAAAAGGUGAUGAGUGGUUGUGGUGCGCUAGCUUUCAUCUGGGCCACCGUUGUGCUGCUCGGUGGAUUCUCCACGCUGAUCAAGCAGAAGGACUUCUGGUUCGUAACCAUCAUCGUCUUCAUGGAAGCUACCUGGCUUUUUAACAAUGCAAAAUCUGAGGACCAGUUCUUCUUUCGCCUAGCUGAAACAAUGGUAAACACAGAAAACGUUGCAAUUCUAGGGCGUGGAAGCUGGCAGAGACAUGCAAGCACUGAAGAUUCCAUAGAUGAGAUGAUGCCCGAGUUACAAUCUGCAUUUUCCUCUCAUAGAUCUUAUUGCUUCGGAUUCCUCUACACAAGUCUAGUCGGGUAUGUGCAGCUCGCCGCACUCAUUGCUUGUAUUGUUAUGUCUUCAUUGCGUCUGAGAAGACAAGAUUAUGUUGAUGCUUGGAAUCAAGAGGACGAUGAUCAUAAGAACAUUAGGCUGUCCCUGAACAUAUUCUACGCACUGGUGCUCAGCCAAUGCCUUCUCUAUUUCGUGUCUGCGAUAGUGGCAAGCCCAUUGAAACGGAUGUUUGUGGUUUGUUUGAAAUAUAAGCUAGGAGUUUGGGGGUUUCUAGCUGUUGCUCGCUAUCUACAGGAAUGCCUUCUAAAAUGCAUUAGUGGGGAUCUUCGUGAGGCAGUCAACAUGGACUUGGUUUCCUUUGCAAAGCAGAAGUUGACCUCUAACUCACUGGAUGACCAGCUGCUGGGAAUUCGUAUUCUUGACCACCUCCUCAGAAUCAAGGAACACAAAGCAAUGGUGCUCACGAAGAUUCGAUCUUCUCUUGAUACUGUCGAGAAAGCAGUCUACAUGCUGGGCUUGAAGAAAGAUGCGGAACAAGACACCAGGGGGCAUGCUGCGCGCGUGUUGCUCGAGCUCGCGCCUGACCUUCAGGUCGAGAGCUUUCCUGGUAUUUUCCAGUCUAUUUCUUCACUGCUUAUCACACACAAGACAAAGAUCAGUGGGACCUUUAGCAACUCAAUCCGUGUGAGCAAAGAGCUCACAUUGCUUGGUGUAGAUAUUCUUGACAAACUCCUGACUAAUCCGGAAAACCGUGCGGAGGCGAAGAAUGCCAAGAACCUGCUCUCCAAGAUCCUAGACAUUACAAGCUGCCAGGAUGAAAAAACUCUAGACUCUAAUAUUGAUAAAAUUAUAGUCGAGAAAUCACUAAAUGUCUUGCGCAAGCUUGUGAGCACAGCUGGUGAGACCGGCGAGGAGCUCAGGUGCCAAGUAUCCAAGAAUAUACACACCAUACGGAAUAUCAGAAAGUUCAUCAUAGAUUAUGCUGAAAGCCAACCAGCGAUGCUUGCUCAAGCAGCAGACAUCCUUGCAUGUCUAGCUUUAAAUGACAAUGCCAGGAUGGAGAUAGAAAGGUCACACCUAAUCAUCUGGAAACUCAUUAGUCUCCUAGCUGAAGACAGUGAUGAAGGCCAAGACAGCUCUCUGAGAGUGUCAACCGGAGUCAGAAUGUCGGCGGUCGAAGCGUUAGUACUACUCAGUGCUCCUAUCAAAGAAAAUGCCAUGCUCAACGCAGUGAGUGGAAGGAGCAUCAUGGCCAUAUUGUCAGAAACUAAGCUGCAAGACAUGCAACGAAUUGUGUCUACACUCUCCGAAGAGUCCGCAGAGCACAGAAUUAUGGUGGCGAAAUUCUUGCAGAAUCUUCGGGGUUACCAGGGACCACAUUACGGUGAUCAGCUGGAGACAGUCAACAAAGCUCUACCAAAGGUAUUGGAAGCAAUCAAACAUGCAUUGGAUAAAAUAGAAGGUGUCGGUGGUUCUGGUGAACCUUCUGAUCAUGAAAUGGAGGCGCUCAUGAUAAAUGAACAAGGCAAGCUGCUGGAGAGCUUUAUUGGCUUGUGCAUGCAAAUCUGCACCAGCGGGAAUGCAAAGAAAUUCACUAACGCGCUGAGGAAUGCCGAGAUUACAGACGAUAUGUUCGUCCAGAUGCUUAGGAAGAUACUGGAGUUGUACAAGUCGCCAUCUUCUGAUGCUCCGGGCAUAAGAAGGGUGGUGAUUCAACAAAUGAACUGGAUGAUGGCUAGGGAUAGCAAGUACAUCAACAUUUUCCUGAGGCAUGAGAUGGAUAAGGCGGAGGCGGACCUCGAGGAGCGCGUCUCCGAGGCGCAGGCUUGGUUCUGCCAAGCCCACAAGGACUUGAAGGCCGCCCAGGACGUGCUGGCUGAGUGCAACUUGGAGCUCGUCAUGAAGCAGGCCGACAUCGGGAAGGCCCAGGAACUGGCGGAGCAGCAGGCUGCCCAGGCCGAGGCUGCUCGGCACCAGCAGCAGGCCGCGCUAAACUCCCAGGAGGAGGACCUUGCCGCGCGUGAGGAGAAGCUUUCCACAAUGCUCCGCGGCAAGGACGAGGAGAUGGUGCCGUCAAGCUUGGUCGUCUUCUUCCUUGGAACGACGGCCACGAUGAAGCCGCUGCUCUGA